AUGCUGGGAGCGCUCUUUGUCGCCGCUCUCGCGGCCGCGAACCCCACGCCUACGCCGACGUCCGCGCCGACGUCGGCGCCGUCGGCGCCGUCGUCCUGCCCGACGGUGGCGCCGACGCUGUCGCUGGCCCCGACGCGGGUGCCGACGUCCCGGCCGUCGCCGGAACCCACGACGUCCCUGCCCUCGCCCGCGCCGUCGUCCUGCCCGACGGCGGCCCCGACGAUGACCAAGGCGCCGACGCGCCAGCGGCGCAACUGGGCGGCGACCGGCCUUGAAAUCGGCGUCGACUACUCGAGCGCCGCGAUCUGCGCCGACUACCUCGCCUUCGGCCGCCAGCUCAACUGGGGCGGCACGCCGGGGCUCGUCCUGAACGACAACCUCUUCAGCUGGGAUGGCAGCGACCUCUUCAACCCCUACUACGUCGUCUACGAGAUGAGCGGCCCGUACUACGAGGCGAACUACGCGCGAAACGAGAAUGGCAUGUCUAUCGAGCUGACCGGCGACGCGCGGACGUCCAAGCUCUACGACAUCGGCGCCGAGAUCAUGGACCAUUUCCACGAGUGUUCCAUGACGUUGAACUGCGCCGCGCGGACCUGGUACCUCCCCAUACGGCAGAGCAGUUCGACGUGGUCCCGGUUUUGGAACGUCGGCAUGUGCGGCGGCGGCGUCGAGAUCAACAGCGACCAGUACCAACGUGGCGUCUGCUGGUGCCCGACUGCGAGUUACGCAGCUGGUGGUUCCUUCCACUCCAAGAUGAUACGGCCCUGCAGCUCCGCGACCGGCGGCUGGGACGACACGAGCGGCUGGGACCCAAACUUCGUCCGCGGGAACAGCUGGGGCGCGUGCGUCAGCCAACUCGCGACGGUCUGGGACGGGCUGUCCAUCAACGUCGACUUCGGGCCGUCCGCGCUGCCCUCCGCGCCGCCGUCGCCGGCGCCGAGCGCGGUCCCCACGGGCAUGCCGCUCCCCUAUCCGACGCUCGCGCCGUCGCCCUACCCGACGCCGGCCUGCGACGCGGACGCGCACCUCUACCGCCUCGCGCUGUCCGGCGCGGGCUGGGCCGCGGGCGCGGCGUUCGUCUUGGACCACCGCGACCCGGCGGAGGCCCUCGUCGUCGAGGGCGGCCUCGACGCCUUCGGCGGCGCCUACGCGCGCGGGGCCACGGUCGCCACGGGCGACGGCGCCGAGGUCUUCGUCUGCCUCUGGGACGGCUGCUACGACCUCUCCGUCCGCGGCAACGCCACGGCGCCGGCGCGGCUCGACUUCCGCGACGCCGACGGCCACCGCUUCGCCUGCGACGGCGUCGGCUGCGCCGAGAGCUUCUGCGCGCUCGCGGGGGACCUCUACGACCGCCCGACGGUGGCGCCGACCGUCGACCCGACCGCGCGGCCCACGGCGGCGCCAUUGGAGGCGCCCGGCGCCGUCGGCUCCUGCGACGCUCUGACCGUGUCCGCGGCGUCGUCGACGGGCGGCGGCGGCCGGCCCCUCGCCUACGCCUGGGCCGUCGUCGCGACGCCCGCGGGCCAGGGCUGCGCCGCGGCCGUCGCGGCGGCGCUCGGCGACGCGGAGUCCGCCUCCGUGCCGCCGGCGACCAUGGCCGCGUGCCGCGGCCGUUCGCUCGACGUCACGGCGACGGCGACGCGCUUCGACGGCGCCGCGGGCUUCGCGACCGCGGCCGCGCGCGUCGACACGGCGCCCCUGCCCGGCCUCGCGAUCCUCGGCGGCGCGGUGCAGACCGCGCGGCCCGCGGCCGGCGUCCGCGUCGCGGCCGUCGCGACCGCCGCCGCGUGCGCCAAUUCACAGACACCCACCUCCAAUGCACUGACUUUCUCCUGGAGCGGCUCCCUGGUGCGCGACGGCGCCGUGGUCGCCCUCCCGCCCUCGGCGUCCCUCGACGGCCGCGUCUACGAGACCGCGGACGUCCGCGCGGGCGACGUCUUCGACCUCGCCGUCGCCGUCUCCGACGGCCAGCGCCGCAACGAGGCCGCGGCGACGGUGACGACGGCCGCCUCGGCGCUCGUCGCGGCCAUCGCCGGCGGCGACCGCACCGUCGACGGCGGCGACGCCGUCGUCCUCGACGCGUCCGCGAGCUGGGACCCCGACGACGCCGCCGCCGCGCUCGCGUUCCGCUGGGACUGCGCCGGCGCGGACGUCGCGGGCGCCGUCGCGUCCUUCGCCGCGUCGGGCCUCGCGCCCGGCGCGGCGAAGACCUGCGCCGUGACCGUGUCGUCGGCCGACGCGCGCGAGGCGACCGCGACCGCGACGAUCGCGCGGCGCGACGGCGCGGCCGCGGUCGCGGCCGCCGUCGUCGGCCAGCCCGCGGCCCGGGUCAACCCGAGCGCCAAGCUCGUGCUCGCGGGCGACGCGCCCGCGGGCGACCGCGCCUGGACGCUCGACGCCGGCGUCCUCGCGGGCGGCGCGAGCCUCGACGCCGCGGCGCUCACGCGCCUCGACGCGGCGUCGCUCGCGCUCGCCGCGGGCGCGCUCGCGCCGGGCGCGUCCUACGCCUUCACGCUCCGGUCCGGCGCGGGCGCGGCGACCGUGCGCAUCACGACGAACGCCCCGCCCUUCGCCGGGACCCUCGCCGCGUCGCCGUCCGCGGGCGUCGCGCUCGCGACGCCGUUCUUCUUCGCCGCGCGCGGCUGGACCGACGACGCGGGCGACCUGCCGCUGAGCUACGGCUUCGGCCUCCGGAGCGCGACGGGCGACGCGCCCCUCCGCGCGCCGGGCGCGUCGCCGUCGCUCGGCGGCGUGGCGCUGCCGCCGGGCAACGCGUCCGCGUACGUCGACGUCGCGGACGCGUACGGCGCCGCGACGACGGCGUACGCGGCCGUCGCCGUGCGGCGCGGCGCCUGGACCGCCGCGUCCCUCGCGACGGCGAGCGACGCGGCGCUCGGCGUCGCGCUCGCGGCGCGGGACGCGGACCGCGUCUGCCAGGCGGCCCUGGCCAUCGCCGGCCUCGCGGGCGACGUCGCCGGCGCCGACGCCGUCCGCGGCGACGUCCUCAAGGCGCUCGUCGGCGCCGCGGCGCUCUCCGAGGCGACGGCCGCCGCCGCGGGCGCGCUCGCCGCCGCCGUCGCCGCGGCGGCGACGCCGGACCUCGACGACGACGCCGCGCGCGACGCCGCCGUCGUGGUCGGCGACGCGGCGGCCGUGGCUUCAACCGCGGGCCUGGACGCCGCGACGCGGACCCACCUCGUCGACGCCGUCGGCGCGCUGCUCGAGACCUCCGCCGCGGACGCCGCGGCGACGGCGCUCGACGCCGUCGGCGCCGCGACGCUCCUCGGCGCCGUGCCCGGCGAGCGGGCCGUGUCGACGUGCGCCGCGCAGCUCUGCGUCGCGUCCGCGCGCGACGCGGCCCUCGCGACGCCGUCCGUCGCGGCGGCGGCGCGCGGCGACGUGACGCUCGUCGAGUACGCCGUCGACCGCCGCGGCGCGGCCAACUUGACGGACGCGCCCGUCGCUCGCGUCCACGUCGGCGGCGGCCGGCGGCGCGCGGCCGCGGCCGGCGGCGUCGUCCGCGUGACCUUUGCGCACCCGGCGCGGAGUCCCGAGAACGAGGCGCUCCUCCGCAACGAGUCCGUGGACUGCGCCGCGCGCGACGACGUCGUCAACGGCACGUCGUGCGGUGUGGACGUCGACUGCUCCCUCUUCGAAGGUUUCGUGAACCCCUGCGCGGCCGGCGCGGCCUGCCUCGCCUACGAGGACGCGGCCUGGGGCUCCUCCGGCGCCUGCCGCGCCGUCAACGCCACGGCGAACACGACGACGUGCGCCUGCGCGGUCGACGAGCGGCGCUCCGUCGAGGUCGUGCCGAGCUCCGAGAUCGUCGCGCGCGAGUUCGCGGCGGCGUUUCGCAACGACCCCCUGGCCCUGGGCAAGACGCGCCUCGUGCUCUACACGCUCGCGGCGCUCGCGGGCGUGCUCGUCCUCGCGACGCUCUGGGGCUACCGCGAGGACCGCAACGACCACGAAAAGACGAACGAGCCCGCGGAGACGCUCGAGCCGCUCACGCCGCUGCGCACGCGGGACCGCGCGGUGCAGAAUCUGAACGAGUCGCUGCCGAGCUGGGCCCGCGUGAAGAACGCGCGGACGUUCUUCGCGCGACUGCGCGAUGAGCACGCGUUUUUGGGGUACGUGCUGGCCUACGACGAGGUCCGGCCCCGGCCGCUCCGCGCGCUCCACCUCUUCACGGACUACCUGUGGCUCUACGCCGUCGAGGCGGCGCUGUUCAUCGUCGCGUUCCCGGACAUGGGCUGCGACCGCUACGUCUACGAGGCGCCGUGCCUCGAGCCGACGAACGCGUACUUCCCCGCGGUCAAGGCCUGCCAGUGGCGCGGCGCGGACGUCGAACCGAGCUGCGCGCCCAACGCGACGGAGGGCGCCUCCAUCUUCACCUACGUCUUUCUGCUGUUGGUCGUGUCGUCGAUCAUGGUGCCGCUGUCGUCGGUUGUCGCGCAUUUGGUCGACGUGCUCGUUUCGCCGGGCGCGUCGAGCGCGAAGGUCGAGGUCGGCGGCGGCGGCGACGAGACGUUGAAGACCGUCGACGAGGAGGCGCCCAUGGGCGACCGCGUCGACUUCGUCGUGCGGGAGACCACGGUCGCGCUGCGCGCGCGGCGCGCGGAGCUGCAAAAGGCCGUCGAGACCGGCGCGGCGUCGCCGAAGACGUUAGCCCGCUUCGAGGUCGCCCGGGGCUUCAAGCCCAAAUAUACCGUCACCUGGCGGCGCCUCUUCUACCGGGGCGAGACGGACGACGAGCGCUUCGCGCGGAAGACGCGGCGGUCCGUCCGCCGCGAUUUGCAGCGGGCGGACCGCUACCUCGCGGAGUUCGAGGGCCUCAACGACGACGAGCAGUCCAAGCUCCUCGGCGAGUACGCGCGCCUCGAGCAGCUCUCGCCCCUGGAGCAGCGGAUUUAUUUAAAGAACCGCGCGGAGGACGUGCUCGACGAGCACGCGGCCGAGGACCUGCCGCCGGCGACGCGCGCGGGGCGAGCGCUGGCGCUCGUUCUGUUCAUCGCCGCCGUCGCCUUCCCGCUCUACUACGUGCUCGUCGCCUUCCAGCACAUCGCGGCGUCCUCGAAGGCGACGUCGCGCGAGUGGCUGAAAGGCGUGUCCUUGGCCGUCGUGUGCGACAUCUUCCUGUACUCCCCCGCGCACGUCGCGUUCUUCAACGUCUACCUGCCGUCGCUACUGCGCACGCGCCUGCGGUCCCUGGCGGACCUUCGGGGGCCGAGCGACUUUGAGUUCGCGACGCCGCUCCGCGAGGGCGCGGCGGCUCACGUCGCCGCCCAGAAGAAGCACCUGCCGCUCGCGGCCCUCGUCCUCGCGGCCCAGCCCAAGCCCGCCAGCGAGGCGACGGCGGCGGCCGCGCCGCGGCGGAACGCGGGCGUCGCCGUCGCCGUCUGGGCCGCGGUGCUCCUGCUCCCGGAGCUGCUCCAGGACCUCGUCGUCGACGAGCUCAUCGUCGCCGGCGUCUCCGCGCUCAUGGUGCUGGUGGUGGAGGUCGGCCAGCUCGCGUCGCGCGACGCCCUGCGGCUCCUCGACCGCGUCGGCCUCGCGGUCUGGCUCGCGUCGCUCGUGGGGGGCUUCGUCGCGGUGGUCGCGGUGGCGGCCGCGUGCCGCCGGUGCUACGCGCGCGACGAGGCCUUCUCCGUCUUCCCCGACUUCCUCUUCCCCAAGAGCCCCCAGCAGCGGCCGUCGCUCUGGGCCGCGCCCGAGGAGACCUUCACGCCGCUCCACAAGAUCGGCGCGUUCUUCGAGGACGACGUCGUCGGCGACGAUCGCGACGACGACGGCGACGCGACGCCCCUCGUGUCCCCGCGCUACAAGGCCGACGAGACGCGCCCGCCGAAGCGCCUCGGCGCCGCCGACUACAAGGCCGACGAGGCGCGCCAACCGACGCGCCUCGGCGCCGCGGCCAAGCUCGACCUCCUCUCCUUCGACGGGCCGCUGUCGCCGGAGCAGCAGCAGUGCGACGCGCUGCGGAAGACGGCGGAGACGGAGCUCACGCGCCUCGAGGCCCACGCGGAGCGCCAGCGGCGCACGUCCCACGACCGCCUCGAGCGCCGCCUCCACAAGACCGAGCGGGCCCUGUCGCCCGCGGAGGCGCGCGACGCCGAGGCCCAGCACCAGCGCACGCUGGAGCGCGUCGCGGGCAGGGGCGGCGAGUCUGCGACUUCGACGCUGCCCUAA